AUGUUGAAGGCGAUCAAGCAAGUCUUCUUUUCCAGCGGGCUGGAGAUGCCCAAAUGGACAGCGCUGCCCAAUCAGGCUUCUGAUUAUGAAAUUCGACAGUACGAAGCAGCCAAAUGGGUUUGCACGUCUGUUAAAACAGUGGACUGGAAUGCAGCUAUCAAUACCGGUUUCACAAAGCUCUUUAACUAUAUUAAGGGCAGGAAUGAAAGAGCGAUGAAGAUAGAUAUGACAGCUCCAGUUACAUGCUAUAUUGAGCCUGGUGCUGGCCCAUUCUGUGAAUCCAUCACAACUGUUUCUUUCUACUUGCCAUCUAAACAUCAGGCAAAUCCACCUAAGCCUUCAGAGGCUGACGUCUUCAUUGAAACCAGGCCAGCAAUUACUGUGUUUGUCAGAUCCUUUGGAGGAUUUGCCAAUACCAAAAAGAACCAAGAGGAAAUACUGGCACUUGUUGAAUGUUUGAAGCGGGACGGCAAAGGUUUUCAAGAAAGGGUUUACUAUACUGCUGGCUAUGAUAGUCCAUUUAAAUUGCUGAAUCGACAUAACGAAGUUUGGCUUAUCAGGAGAUAACCCCAGUACUGAAGUCUUA